AUGAUCGCGAGAACAAAUCGACUCGUAGCUUCUUCCUAUCCGUACGACAACGCGAGCUACAGUCUUGCUGAUGAAAACUGCUCCUACUACAACGUCUCUCUGAUGCUUGGUCAGAUUGCUUUCAAAUCGUGCGCCGCGAUUGUGUAG